GACUUUCUGAUUGAAUAAAAAUAGAAAUACACGAAAAAAAAAAAUAGAAAAAAGCUAUACUGAAUAAAUAUAAGGAUAAAAAAAAAAUAGUGUGUGUUGAAUUAAUUGAGGACAAAAAUUUAUACACAAGAUCUUUUGCCCGUUCACGGCGACAACCGAUCAGGUUGCACCCGGAGAAUAAGAUCAGGCCCUCCAGUGAUCUGUCGAAAAAAAAAGAGCUAAAAAAAAUUAUCAUCAUACUCUAAAAACAAAAUAUAUUUUUAAAAAAUCAUCAUCGUCAUCAUACUUUAACUCUGGACACUGUCAAAUAGACAAAAAAAAAAUAAAAAAAAAUAACAUUAAAAAUUAAAUUAACAAACAAGUAUUGUUGUUAAAACGCACAUAAUAAUGUCGACAGCUGAUGAAGUUUUUGAGAGUUGGGAGGAGAUGGAAGCAUCUGGGGCACUUGACAGAAAGCUAAACUCGCUUGAAUUAAAUGGACUGGAGGGCCUGGAUGUUCAGCAAAAUAUCAAACUUGUUAAUAAUAAAAACACAAAUGGAAGAAUGACUAUUCUUGGUGAUGAUGGAUUAAGAUCACAGUAUGUAUCACCAAUACCAACAGUUAAAAUAUUAAAAAGACCACAAAGAGACAAUAUCCCAGAUGCUAUGACUAAUGGUGACAAGCCAAAACAACCAAUUAAAUCAUUAAAACAACGUGAACAAGAGUAUGCAGAAGCAAGAAAAAGAAUUCUCGGUGAAGAAAAAAGUCCUGAGGAGCUUAUAUCACCAAUAACUACAACAGCAACAACAACAACACCAACAACAAUAAAUGACUUUGGACGAGUACCAUCAAAAACAAAUUCAAUAUACAGUCCAGCAAGUUCAUUAAUUCCACUUUUUGUACCAUAUAAUUCUCCGCAAGUAUCAUCAAAUGUUCUUAGAAUGCCAAGUGGACCUGAUGGUACCCAAGGUUUUAAUUUGAGAAGGUAGCAAACACCAUAUUAAAUACCUUUAAAUAAUAAAAAAAAAAACAAAAUGAUAACAUCAACAGCAUCAUCAUUCAACA